AUGACCAUCAUCUACCAGUGCCGCGUGGCCACGGCCUCGCUCGCUGGAUUCGGUAAAUUACUACUCAAGUGGAGAGGAAGUGUCUACAAACUCAUGUACAAGGAGAUAAUCAUAUUCUCUGGUAUUUACACAGCGCUUAGCCUCUGUUACCGACUCCUAUUGUCCGAACCCCAGCGGCGUGUGUUUGAAAGAAUGGCCCUUCACUGUAACACUUACACUAGUCUCAUCCCCAUCUCCUUUGUCUUGGGAUUUUACGUCACCUUAGUCGUCUCGCGCUGGUGGAGACAGUUCCAGAAUCUGCCCUGGCCAGAUCGGACAGCACUGAUGGUCCACUGUUACGUCACAGGUCAGGACGAGCGAGGGCGCAUGCUCAGACGGACCGUGGCGCGCUAUCUCGUCUUUUCCACAGUCCUCAUCCUGCGAUCAAUCAGUGUGGCAGCGAUGAAGCGCUUCCCGACCCUAGAUCACGUAAUUCAGGCCGGCAUCGCCACCCGGGAAGAUGUGGAUAUGUUCGAGUCUGUUAGCUGCGACUACAACAAGUUCUGGCUUCCGGUCAUAUGGGCUAACAGCUUAAUGGCGACAGCCCGCAAAGAGGGCCGGAUUGAGACAGACCUGGGACUGCGCAUGAUCACUGAGCAGUUGGCGGACUUCCGAGACAAGUGUAGCCAGUGUUUCAUGUACGAUUGGGUCACAGUGCCUCUCGUCUACACCCAGGUUGUCACUCUGGCUGUCUAUAUGUUUUUCGGCGCCUGUGUAAUCGGUCGGCAGUUUCUGGACCCGACACAGGGAUACGAAAACUACGACUAUGAUUUUUAUGUUCCUGUAUUUACCCUUCUACAGUUCUUCUUCUACAUGGGCUGGCUCAAAGUGGCCGAGCAGUUAAUCAACCCGUUUGGGGAAGACGACGACGACUUUGAAGUCAACUGGUUGAUUGACCGGCACAUAUCGGUUUCCAUGACCAUAGUUGACCAGUGUUACGGUCAAAUCCCGCCUCUGACACGGGACUUACACUGGGACGAGACAAAGAUCUCCAAUCUUCCGUACACGGAGGCGUCUCGGGCCUCCAAGCGACCAGCUUUCCUGGGGUCUACGUACAGUCUGCCGCAUCUGACCGCCGAGGAGCAGAGACUCGUGAUGCCAGAAAAGGAAACCAGUGCCCUUCCGGUGUCACCCCGAAGACGUCUGUCCCACCAGGGGUCGCUGCUCACCCGCCUCUCCAGAUCCUCUAUAUUCAAACACCCAAUCCGCACUUCACAGGACUGCCUGUUAACCGACGCCAAACAGCCGACUGAGCCGUAUGGUAACGUGCUAACGCCAAGGAAAACUUGGCCCGUAAAUAUUCAGGAUCGUGCCAGGCUGCUCGUGCCUCCGACGAUCAUAACGACCAGUGCUUCUGACAAUGUAGGCCAUCUUUCUCGAAGCCAAUCAGGUGAAGAGAUUGGGUUUGUAUCUGAAGUCUUGGCGGAUGGUGACGAGUCGUUGAAGGCUAGUGAGGCCUUUAGCUGGUACUCUCAUCCAGAUCUGACUCACACAGAACAGUUAAACAACUUGGACGAACACCCACUCGACAUUGUACAUUCGGACAACUCGCUGCAAUCUGAUAGCUCUAUUCAACUGAACAGCGUUCUACACCCGGAUACUGCUUUACACCCGGACAGUGCUUUACUCCCGGAGAGUGCUCUACACCCGGACAGCGCUCUACACCCGGAAAGAGCUUUACACCCGGACACCGCCAUGGACUUUGACAGGGCUCUUUCCGAUGGCAGCCAUCCCAGGCAGGCCGGCGCCCGGAAGUACAGUUGUCCCGCCAAUCUCACACCCAGUCAGAUUGCUCCUAUAUGGGAUGGAGAAAAGAGGAGAAAGGGCUCGUUAACUGUUUCUCGCGCACCACAGCUAUCUUCUAUUGACGAGCUUGACGCGAAGGCCUCUGAUUCUGAUACUUGA